AUGUAGAUCUAAAUGUCAGUUGAAUUGAAAUCUUACUGGAAACACUAAUUCAUUCGAGACUUUUCGAUUAAGCGUGGAUAAUUGCUUAAAUAAUUUUAUUAUUUCAUUUCAAUGUUUUAGCUGGAACGAUUGGCUCAGCAACUCUCAAUAACUCAAUCCAACUAUGCCUCUGUCCCAAAUCAGAUGGAUCGGCUUAUGUGCACAACUGCACAUUGUAUAUUAAUUCUGCACUCUCUGGGCCCUAUAUUGUCAAAGGCUUAGUUGAAGCACGCUUAAGCCCUAAAGAUCAAAGAAGCCCUAAAUUAGAUACUUAUUCGAAGCACUAAGUUGUGCGCCUCAUUGCCCAUAAGUUCUAUCUUGAAUAGAGUGGUACAAAACAAUAAAUAAGAUUGGCAAAUAGACAUUAUUUGUUAAGGAAAAUAAUUAUGAAUGAAGUUGUAAUAUUUUUCUGGCAUUACCUAUAUUUUUAUUUAUUUUUUAAUUGCGCCUUUUUUAGCUAAUGCCAACACUUUAAUUCUGUUUUGCGCUUACAGCCCUGAUAGACCCGGAGUGCUUUUUAACCCUUUUCGCCUUUGACAACACCUUCUGGGCCUAACAACUCUACCAGAGAAAAGCAUGAGAACCAAUAUUUCAAAUUGCUUAGUUCUUAAUCACAAGGUAAGUAGGAAUUUUGUUUAUAAUCGGUUCAAAUUCAAUUUCUUUCCUCUUUUAAAAUCUAGGAAAUCCUAUAAACCUGAAUAAAAUCAAUUUAUUUCAUCUCUGGAAGUCCAAUUUUGGCAUGUAAUACCUUAUCGAUGUAACAAGUGUCAACAUAUCAGUUUUGUCAAUCAGGGUUCAGAUUUAUAUAAUCGUAGUUUGCCAACUAAUAACAAAUGAAAUUUAUAGUCAAAUGAACUAGUCUUUUUUCUAUUUCUCCAUUUUGCUAUUGGUUGGUAAAGUACAAAGAAAAGCAAUUCCCACCCCUCAAUUCACCAUGCCGAGCUCUAAAUAUUAGACCACCUUCCAAUAUUAUCAAAGGCGUAAAGCGCAAAAAAACUCUAAGGUCUGGUGGGGCUUUAAGCGCAAAUAAAGCAUGGGUUUUAAUUUUUAAAAAAGGCGCAAACGGAGAAAAACUACAGAUAUGUAUGUGUAGUCCAAGACUAAUAUCUAUAACCAUGAAUACCAAAUAUAUGGACAAAAAAAUUAAAAGAAAAUUUACGAUAAAGUAAAAUAUCAAUUGUUUAUUGUCGACUCUACACGAUUACGCUCAUUUGCAAGGAAAUAUAUGCCUUAGAGCCUUGAUGACAACACUGAAGCGCCUGCUAAGAGAGGCAAAGUGCUCAACAUGUUUUGAGCCUCACUUCAGGGCUUAAGCGCACUUUAAGCGCGCCUUUGAUAACACUGCCACCUUCUCAUUUUCUUCCCUUCAUAAUUCGGUGGGAAAUCUGGACAGGGAUUAACAUAUCCCCUUACAGAUUAGAAUGCAUUUAUUUAUUUUUGGUACAAAAUUUUGUCUUUGCUCUAUUUACCCUGUAUAAAGCCAUGCUUCUCUUACUUUUACAGGCAUCAACUUACUUUUGAAGCUCUCUUCACCAGGAAUAAAACUUCAAAAGCCAGCAGCACCAGUGACUGCUCCAUCAUUUUAACUCCUCCCCAACCUCUUCUUUUCUAAAAACAGAAAAGUGAGGAAGAGAAAAGGAAAUCAGCCAAAGAUCCCAAGUUUCAGCCACCGAGGAAAAUGUCAGAUCAUAUCCCAGAAGAACUGAUGAUCCAAAUCCUCUCAAGGCUCCCACCAAAAUCUCUUCUCAGGUUCAGGUGUGUAUCAAAAUCAUGGAACUCUUUAAUCUCAAGCCCUGAAUUCAUUCGGCAACACACCCAACAAGCGAUUCUUUCAAAAAACCCUACACAUAAAAUUCUUAGAUACUUCUCAAUUCCUCAAAAGAAGGAACUUUAUUCCAUUCGAGUCAAUAAUGCAAUAUUCAGUAUUGACACCAACAUAAACAUACGAUCCCCUUUCAAUGACACAACGAGGCAUUAUUUUAGGAUCGUGGGCUCUUGCCACGGCAUACUUUGUUUGUCUGAUGAUUUAUUUGGAUAUUCACAUGUUUUAGUACUAUGGAACCCUGCAAUAAACAGAUGCCUCCGUCUCCCAAUGCCUCCUCUUGAUUGUAGUCAGAAAGGGAGAUAUAUGUUUGUGUUUGGCUUUGGCUUUGAUAUAAAAAGCAAAGAUUACAAGGUUGUUAAGAUGACCUAUUCUCAAAGUCGAGGAGCAUUUUUGCUGCCACCUAAAGUUGAAAUUUUUUCACUUAGUCUGGGAAUUUGGAAGCAACUUGAUGGUUUUAUUCCAGAGAGCUACAUUGUGGAGUACUUUUAUAAACAAGCUGUUGUUCAUGGGAAAAUCCAUUGGACUGGUUACAAAAUCGAUGUUGAAAGAAAAAGGAUGAAGAAUUUGAUUCUGGCAUUUGAUUUAAGUGAUGAGAUUUUUGUGGAAUUACAAUUACCAGAAUGCUUGGUUAUUGGAGCACCUAUGAAUCUGAAUACAGCAGAGUUUGGGGAAUCACUUGCUAUAUAUCACUACGACAAGUGUACUUGGACCCGGAUUUGUUCAAUUUGGGUAAUGAAAGAGUAUGGUGUUGUCGAGUCAUGGAGCAAGGAAUUCAAUAUCGUUCUUGACUGGGAACCUGGAAUGAUUCUGGGCUUUAGGAACAACAGUGAAAUACUUUUGACAAGAAGAACAGGACAGCUUGUGUCUUAUAAUCUCGAGACACAUGAAAAGAUGAAUUUUGAUAUAAUUGGCACUAAAAACUCAUUUUUUAUGGGAACUUACAAGGAAAGCCUUAUUUUGCUCAAUGAAGGACAGCUACUGUUGCCAAAUGAUUUUUCAUCUGAGACCGACCGAGAUGAAUGCAAGGACUAUGACAUUGAGAACAGGAAUGCUCAAAUGAGUGAGUUAUGGUACCAACUUGUUAUGCACCAGUAUCUCACUACUGUUUUGGAAACCAGACAUAUUUAAGCAUUUGUUAGAAUCACACCAAAUAAAUUGGAUUUAGUUUUUGUUUAGUUUACCAUCUGUAUUCAUUGUGCUGUCGCAUUCUGUUUUUUGUUUAUCAAAGCUAUGUCCGACAUGUUGAUCCAUUCCAGUUCUCAUUCAUCAUUGGUAUGUUUAUUGUGUUGGUCCAACACAAUUCUAUGUUCAAUAUUUCUACUUUCAUCAAUCUCUAUGACAUUCCAUGUGAUUUUUAAACAUAGAAUGAUGUUAUCAAAGGUGAAGGCCUUAGCCACUGUAUUUUAACUUUGAUGGGUUAAAACAUAGGCUCGUAUUUACAAUGUUCGUAUUUCAGAUAGUUCCAAUAGCAAAAUAGUGUCUACGAAUCAUAAAGCCAAGGCAUCCAAUAAGAAAACAAAGUUUUAGUUAAAAAACAGGGCUUGCAAAUCUAAUUGUUGACCAAGUACAUCAAAAAAAGUGAUAUACCCAAGUUGCAUACUUUGUCCACUUUCUAUCCGAGUAAGCUUCGUACUUAAGAAUAAGAUCUGGUCAAAUCUCAUUUUCCUUUUCCAUAUCUCUUUGAUAUAACUGAAGCACACAAGAGGUCCAGGUGUGGCAUUACGUUCUGAUAUGUAACCUUCCUUGAAAGCCCAAGGACACUUCUGCUUGAUAUUUUCUUCUCAAGACAAGCCCAAAAAACUCCCUCUCAAAAUACUAAUCGGGAAAACCAUAUUGAGACUGAGGAAAGCAGCAGAAACUAGGCCAAACCUUUCCAUUUAAUGUAAUUGACAACAUAGGAUACACUUUCUUUGAGGCCACAGUGUGAAAUUUGAAAGUUUUCAACAAAACGUUCUAAGAAAAGUGACUGUGGAAAUAAGUGACUGGUGCAGGCUCUUCGGAGAACAUCAAUUGCAGCUACAUAUAGGAUACAAGAAAGUAGUGCAGGAAUGAAUUAUCACAUAGCCUCAGAAUGCUGAUUAUGGAGGAAUAUUAUGAAAGUGACAGAAGAGUACAAUAGCAACAUCAUGUUUAAAGUGGGAAUGAAAAUAAGAUCAGCUUUUUGGGAAUAUGGGUGAUAUGGUGACAACACCCUUAAGAUCAGCUUUUUGGAAGUAUGGGUGACAUGGCGACUAUGCCCUUAAUGAUCCCUCUAUCUUUACAUAUCUAGCUAUAAAGAUACGACAAUUACUCAAGUAUAUAGGUACAAAACGGAGGAACUCUUUGGACUUUGAGAUUCAGAAGAGACCUAUAAGAUUGGAAGAUUGAGGGAGUUCCAAAAUACAUGAAAGGAACAUCAUAAUGUAACAGCAAUGUCAGACCAGGCUGCUUGGAAAUGGAAUGGGAGGAGAAUGGAAUUUUUGGUUAAGUCCUUCUACCACAUGCUACUGAGGAGAGAGGAUAUAUUGUUCCAUUACCUAUCAGUAUGGACUCUUAGGGGUCGUUUGCUUCACAUAUUAGUUAUGCGUGAAUUAAAAUGUAAGGAUUGUUUAUGUGGUGAUUAAUAAUGAAGGGAUCGCUAUGCGGCGAUUAAUAGUGAAAGGGAUUAUAGUACGGUGAUUAAUAAGGAAUGGAUUGUUAUACAAGAAUUACAUACUUUAAAAGCAUUUGUCUUGUAAAAGUUUAAUCCCGAUAUUGCUAAUACACAUAUUCUUAUUCCACAUUCUAUCUCGCAUAAAAUAAUCCAUAUAUUCCCACAUAACUUAAUGUGGAUAUAUUAUUAAUCCCAUCAACCAAAUGCUGCAUUAAGUAAUGCAACGAUUUUUUUUCUUAUACGGCAACCAAAUGCUGCAUUAGUGAUGCGGAGUUUUGUUAUGUGGCUAACCAAACACUGUAUUAUUUUAUUUGGGAUUUUAUGUUGAGAUUGAUUAUGCCAAUACAAUCAGUCAAACGACCCCUUAGAGACAAGGAAGGUUUUUCUUUGCCAUGGGCAGCAAGGAAGCAAAAAUUUGAGGAAAGGAAAGUUAAAAUAUUUCAGUUAGUUUUGGCUGUGAAGCGAUUGGGUAAAGAUGACAAUCUUCAGUUUUGCUAUUCAGUUCCGGUGGACAAAAUCUGUUCGGAAUACAGUAAUCAAUGCCGGAUACAAUCAAGGAUGCGAUGUUUUGGAAAAGAAGAUGCAGAACAUGACAUGUAGUACCUUUGCCUAUUACAUGGAUACUUGGAGAAAAGAACAUGAAAUCUUGUGAAGGCGUGGAAAAAGAAUGUCUAGAUAAGGGUCUGAUUUUGUUCCUAGUUAAUUUUUAUACAUCCAUGAGGUCCCUAUUAAUACCAAUGACUAGGUGUUAUUUGUAGAUAACCAGAUUUUUGUGUAAAUUCUCCACUUCUGCAUACCGCGUGUAUACCGAGAGAUUUUUCAUCUCAUUGAUAUAAUUGUUACUUUAUGAAAAAAAGGAUACAUUUUCUUAGAGGAGCUUGACAUAUUCAGUUCAUACUGCACUGGUGCGGAAAAUAUAUAUUGCACCUGAGACCAGGAAAUUGUGGGAAAUUAAAACUAGUAUUUCUCAAAUUCUGCCAAGGGUUUUCGUUUAUUUAUGAGGAAAUAUAUCGGGGGACCGAGUAACAAGUAUUGGGGUUAGUAGCUUAAUCAAGCCAGCUUAUUAUAUUUUGUAUUUCAGUUAUAAUUUUUAAUAAAAAUAACAAUUCUGUGCUUCAAUUAUCAAAAAUUUAUUACUUCUGAAGAAAACUCAAAGCAGAUUUUGUCCCAUAAAAGAAACGAUAUCAACAUUUUCAAAACAAAAUGAUGAAAACAAGUUCAAGUAAUUGCAAGCCUAUCAGUGGUUGGUUCAAUUUACUGGAGGGUAUAGCUAAUAUUGAAGUGCUGAAAUUGGCUUUUAUCAACCAAGAUGAAUAAGUCAACGCCGAUAAGAACAAUAAGGCUUUGCUAAUUCAGGUUUUAAGUUAGUGCUCUUCUAUUAGAGUACUUAAUGAUGCACGCAAGUAUGAUAAUAUUGGGUUGUGCAGCUCUUUUAUGUUGGAUCAUUAUCAUCCAUAGCGAUUCCCCAAUCUAAGGAACAAAAUAUCCAACUUUUCAAAAAGUCAAUAAUUGUCAAACUACUAUUCAUACAUGUGGAUCAGCCAGAAAAAAACAAAAUGAAGAUGAGAACAACAAAUAGAGACCUGCCACACUAAGAGAACAACAAAACAUAGAUAUGCAACACUAACUUACGCAUUCAGCAACAUUGCUGAAGACUGAAAGAUACAAUUUGAGAAGAAUAAUCUUAACCUAAGGCUGACAAGUGGGCCGGUCUAGGACCGGGACCGCGGGCCAGGACCGAUUUUAGUGGGCCUGGGCCGGUCUCGUGGGUCGGUCCUAUGCUUUGGGACCGCCAGGACCGGGACCCUCGCGGGCCAAACGGUCCCAACGAUCAACUUUAAAAAAACAAAAUUAAAAAAAUUGUCG